CAAAUACAGCUAUAGGUUGUAUUUCAUUUUUUUCACUUUUCCAAAUUAAUAAUGUUAGCCACCAGUCUGACGCGCCAAGUUUUUGCCCAUAGCAGGCAAUUCGUACGAGGUCUUGGCUAUGAAGCAACGCGAAAAAAUAUGAAAAUAAACUCCCAGACAAAAGUUAUUUGUCAAGGCUUCACUGGUAAGCAAGGUACCUUCCACAGCAAGCAAGCAAUCGCGUAUGGGACCAACAUGGUUGGCGGUGUCUCUCCUAAGAAAGCCGGAACCAACCAUCUGGGGUUGCCUGUGUUUAAAGAUGUAGCUGAAGCUCGUGAGGCUACAGGUGCUGAAGCUUCGGUUAUCUAUGUGCCGCCUCCAUUUGCUGCAGCUGCUAUCAUGGAAGCAAUUGAUGCUGAAAUACCGUUGGUCGUGUGCAUAACUGAGGGAAUUCCUCAACAAGAUAUGGUGAAAGUGAAGCGCAGAUUGCAACAGCAAGAUAAAACGAGAUUGAUCGGGCCCAAUUGUCCUGGUAUUAUUCUUCCUGGCGAAUGCAAAAUCGGAAUCAUGCCAGGACACAUUCACAUGCCAGGCAAUAUUGGCAUUGUCUCCAGAUCUGGCACGCUUACAUAUGAAGCAGUUCACCAAACCACCAAUGUUGGACUUGGCCAAACUCUCUGUGUUGGAAUUGGAGGCGAUCCAUUCAACGGGACUAACUUUGUUGAUUGUUUGGAAGUCUUUCUUAAUGAUCCUCAGACCGAAGGAAUCCUCCUCAUCGGAGAAAUUGGAGGAGGAGCCGAAGAAAAAGCAGCUGCGUAUCUUGCCGAGCACAACACUGGAGCAAAUGCGAAGCCGGUGGUUUCCUUCAUUGCUGGUCUUACUGCACCACCUGGCAGGCGCAUGGGGCAUGCUGGAGCCAUCAUUGCUGGAGGCAAGGGAGGAGCAGAGGGGAAGAUUGAAUCUCUUCGGGAUGCGGGAGUGAACGUCACCCUUUCUCCUGCUGAGAUGGGAAUCACGAUGAUCAAAGAAUACACCAAGUUUUAUGGUGGUAGAAAGACCAGUGCAUAGAUUUGUUUAUUUAUUUAUUUCCGUCAGAGAAUUUCUUAUUGACAAACCUGUGUUUAAAUAAACCGUUUCAAUGCGAAAGCUACUUAAAACUUCUUGCAUUUUGUCACAAAUAUAAACUGUAUCAACAACAUUUAUGUUCAUUUAUUUGUCAGUCCUUAAGUUUAUGCACUGUUUAAAAUGAACUGAAAAGAUUGCGUAUUGCACUUUAAAGUUUGCUGUUUGGUAAAUGUAAUAAUUCCGUAGCAAAUUCAAUUGAAACAUAAAAUUCAUUCUCGUGUACCAAAUAUUUAAUCAGUUUUAAAUAAUUUGAAAAAGUAAUUGAAAUAAACUACAACUUGUGACAUUUGCAG